ACCGCAAAGAAGUCGCGCUUUGAUUGGGCGGCUGUCAGGUGUCGCUGCCGGCAGGUUCGGCUGCGCGAGCGGAGGGAGGCGGAGCGGGAUGAGUGGGUGUUCUGGCAGGGAUGUGGUCGCUGACGGCCAGUGAGGGCGAGAGUACCACAGCCCACUUCUUCCUUGGAGCUGGAGAUGAGGGGCUGGGCACCCGUGGAAUAGGCAUGAGGCCAGAAGAGAGUGACAACGAGCUCCUUGAGGAUGAGGAGGAUGAAGUGCCUCCUGAACCUCAGAUCAUUGUUGGCAUCUGUGCCAUGACCAAGAAAUCGAAGUCCAAGCCAAUGACUCAAAUCCUAGAGCGACUAUGCAGAUUUGACUACCUGACCGUUAUCAUUCUGGGAGAAGAUGUAAUCCUUAAUGAACCUGUGGAAAACUGGCCAUCCUGCCACUGCCUCAUCUCUUUCCACUCCAAAGGCUUUCCUCUGGACAAAGCUGUUGCUUACUCCAAGCUUCGAAACCCCUUUCUUAUCAAUGAUCUGGCCAUGCAGUAUUACAUCCAAGAUAGGAGGGAGGUGUACCGGAUCCUGCAGGAAGAGGGUAUUGAUCUGCCUCGAUAUGCUGUGCUCAACCGUGAUCCUGCCCGGCCUGAGGAAUGCAACCUAAUAGAAGGUGAAGACCAAGUAGAGGUCAAUGGAGCUGUCUUUCCCAAGCCCUUUGUGGAGAAGCCAGUGAGUGCAGAAGACCACAAUGUUUACAUCUACUACCCCAGCUCAGCUGGAGGAGGAAGCCAGCGUCUGUUUCGUAAGAUUGGCAGCCGAAGCAGUGUUUACUCUCCUGAGAGCAGCGUCCGAAAGACAGGGUCAUACAUCUAUGAGGAGUUUAUGCCAACAGAUGGCACAGAUGUCAAGGGUGAGCUGUGGGCAUACUCAGUGAUGCUAUGUACCUGCAGGUGUAUACAGUGGGGCCAGAUUAUGCCCAUGCUGAAGCUAGAAAAUCUCCAGCUUUGGAUGGGAAAGUUGAACGAGACAGUGAGGGAAAAGAGAUUCGAUAUCCAGUCAUGCUGACUGCCAUGGAAAAGCUGGUGGCCAGGAAAGUCUGCGUAGCUUUCAAGCAAACAGUUUGUGGAUUUGACCUUCUUCGUGCCAAUGGUCAUUCCUUUGUGUGUGAUGUCAAUGGCUUUAGUUUUGUCAAGAACUCGAUGAAAUACUAUGAUGACUGUGCCAAGAUUCUGGGGAACACCAUAAUGCGGGAGCUUGCCCCACAGUUCCAAAUCCCAUGGUCCAUCCCCACAGAGGCUGAGGACAUUCCCAUUGUUCCUACCACAUCUGGCACUAUGAUGGAACUUCGUUGUGUCAUUGCAAUUAUUCGUCAUGGGGAUCGUACUCCCAAGCAGAAGAUGAAGAUGGAAGUGACACACCUAAGGUUUUUUGCUCUAUUUGAAAAACAUGGUGGCUACAAGACAGGGAAAUUAAAACUCAAGCGACCUGAGCAGCUCCAGGAGGUACUGGAUAUCACAAGGCUGUUGUUGGCUGAACUGGAGAAAGAACCAGUUGGUGAGAUCGAGGAGAAGACUGGAAAACUAGAGCAGCUGAAGUCUGUAUUGGAGAUGUAUGGUCACUUCUCAGGUAUAAACCGGAAGGUGCAAUUGACUUACUACCCUCAUGGAGUAAAAGCUUCUAAUGAGGGACAAGAUCCACAAAGGGAGGCUGUGGCCCCAUCUCUUUUGCUGGUACUGAAGUGGGGUGGAGAACUGACUCCUGCUGGUCGUGUUCAGGCUGAGGAGCUGGGGCGGGCUUUUCGCUGCAUGUACCCUGGAGGACAGGGUGACUAUGCUGGCUUCCCUGGUUGUGGGCUGCUUCGUCUCCAUAGCACUUUCCGCCAUGAUCUCAAGAUCUAUGCCUCUGAUGAGGGUCGUGUCCAGAUGACUGCUGCUGCCUUUGCCAAGGGCCUUCUGGCUCUAGAAGGGGAGCUGACACCCAUUUUGGUACAAAUGGUGAAGAGUGCCAACAUGAAUGGGCUCCUGGACAGCGAUGGGGAUUCCUUGAGCAGCUGUCAGCACCGGGUAAAGGCUCGGCUGCACCAUAUUUUACAGCAGGAUGCACCCUUUGGCCCUGAGGACUACGAUCAGCUGGCUCCCACCAGAAGUACUUCCCUGCUCAACUCCAUGACUAUCAUCCAGAAUCCUGUGAAGGUCUGUGAUCAGGUAUUUGCCCUGAUCGAAAACCUCACACACCAGAUCCGAGAACGAAUGCAGGACCCCAGGUCUGUAGACCUGCAGCUCUACCACAGUGAAACACUAGAACUAAUGCUACAGCGUUGGAGCAAACUGGAGCGUGACUUUCGACAGAAGAGUGGGCGCUAUGAUAUCAGUAAAAUCCCUGACAUCUAUGACUGUGUCAAGUAUGAUGUGCAGCACAAUGGGAGUCUGGGACUUCAAGGCACAGCAGAGUUGCUCCGUCUCUCUAAGGCAUUGGCUGAUGUGGUCAUUCCCCAGGAGUACGGGAUCAGUCGGGAAGAGAAACUGGAAAUUGCUGUGGGCUUCUGUCUUCCACUGUUGCGGAAGAUACUACUUGACCUGCAGAGAACCCACGAAGAUGAGUCUGUCAACAAGCUGCAUCCCCUGUACUCCCGAGGUGUGCUCUCCCCAGGUCGCCAUGUUCGAACACGUCUCUAUUUCACCAGUGAGAGCCACGUCCACUCCCUACUCAGUGUCUUCCGUUAUGGGGGUCUUCUUGAUGAGACCCAGGAUGCACAAUGGCAGCGAGCUUUGGAUUAUCUUAGUGCAAUCUCAGAGCUUAACUACAUGACGCAGAUUGUCAUCAUGCUUUAUGAGGACAACACACAGGAUCCCUUAUCAGAGGAACGGUUCCAUGUGGAGCUACACUUCAGCCCUGGAGUGAAAGGUGUUGAGGAAGAAGGCAGUGCCCCAGCUGGCUGUGGAUUCCGUCCAGCCUCUUCUGAGAAUGAGGAGCUGAAAACCAACCAAGGCAGUAUGGAGAACUUGUGCCCAGGAAAGGCAUCAGAUGAGCCAGACCGGGCAUUGCAGACUUCACCCCAGCCUCCUGAGGGCCCUGGCCUCCCGAGGAGAUCACCCCUCAUUCGUAACCGAAAAGCUGGUUCCAUGGAGGUACUUUCUGAGACUUCAUCCUCAAGGCCUGGUGGCUACCGGCUUUUUUCAGCUUCACGGCCACCCACAGAAAUGAAGCAGAGUGGCCUAGGCUCACAGUGCACAGGGCUGUUCAGCACCACAGUGCUGGGUGGCUCCUCCAGCGCCCCGAAUCUUCAGGACUACGCCCGCAGCCAUGGCAAAAAGCUACCACCUGCCAGUCUGAAGCACCGAGAUGGAUUUGAAGGGUGUUCCAUGGUGCCUACCAUCUACCCUCUGGAAACACUGCAUAAUGCCCUUUCCCUACGUCAAGUGAGUGAAUUCUUGAGUAGAGUCUGCCAGCGCCACACUGAUACCCAGGCACAGGCAUCUGCAGCCCUCUUUGAUUCCAUGCACAGCAGCCAGGCCUCAGAUAGCCCAUUUUCCCCACCACGUACUCUUCAUUCACCUCCCCUGCAACUCCAGCAGCGCUCUGAGAAACCCCCUUGGUACAGCAGUGGCCCUUCUAGCACUGUGUCCAGUGCUGGUCCUUCUUCCCCUACUACAGUAGAUGGUAACUCCCAAUUUGGCUUCAGUGAUCCACCCUCCCUAAAUUCACACGUGACUGAAGAACGUCAAGGCCUUGGGCUGCUCCAAGAGACCCCUGGGAAUGGAGCACAAGAGCUCUCCAUAGAAGGGGAACAAGAGCUUUUUGAACCAAAUCAGUCCUCACAGGUACGACCUGUGGAAACCAGCCAGCCAUACGACGACGAGGUGGCUGAGGUCAGUCAGCCAUGUCAGGAGGUCCCUGACAUCAGCCAGCCAUACCAGAACAUUUCUGAGGAGCUCAGCCAGCCAUGUCAGGAGGUCCCUGACAUCAGCCAGCAAUGCCAGGAGCACCAUGACAAUGGUAACCACACAUGCCAGGAGGUCCCUCAGAUCAGCCAGCCAUGCCAGACGGCCAGUCAACUGUGCCAGAAAGUCUCUGAGGAAGUUUGCCAGCUGUCUCUGGAGAACCCUGAGGAGGUCAGCCAGUCAUGCCAGGGGGUCUCUAUGCAGGUUGACAAGCUGGUCCAUAGGUUCCAUGUAGGUGCUGGUGGCUUGGUUCAGGAAACCCUUAUAGAAUUUGGCGGGCCAGCUGAAGAGAUCCCUGAGGAGGUCAGCCAGCCGUACCCGGAGUUCUCUGUGGAGGUUGGCAGGCUGGCCCAGGAGCCUUCUGCAUUCAAUCUGUUGUCUCAGGGCAUUCCUGAGAUUGAUAAACCAUCCCAAGAGUUCCCUAAGGAGAUUGAUCUGCAGGCCCAGGAGGUCCCUGAGGAGAUAAAUUAGAAGUCCUGGGUGGUCCCUGAGGUGGUUGAUCAGCUGCCUGAAGAGGGUAUUCCUCAAGCCCAGAAUCCAUCUGGUGAUCCAAACACUCAGAGGCAGUCUCUAGCCCAUGACCAGCACUCACCCUUUUCACCAGCAACAUGUAAUUAAUUUUCUCAUUAGUGGUGUCACACUAUACCAGCCAUUUGAGCCAGCAACCUUUUCUCUUGGCUAACUCACUGGUCGGCUCUCACCAGCAGUGUCUGGGGAAGCAGUUCCCUUGGUAUGAAGCAUACCCGUGCUAGAGCUGUGUUUGAGGAGGAGCCAGUUUUAGGUUCAAAGAAGCCAUUGGCUCUUCACUUAGCCGUUAGACUUGAAUAGGAUUUCCUUGGGGUGGGUUGGUCUGUCGUUACCCAGCCUUCUCUGAGCAUCCUAGGAAAUCACAGAUUGUUAAAGGAAAUGCUGCUUCACUGCUGAAGACACCAUCUGGGGACAGCAAAUGCAAAAGAGAGGACUCUAGAGUCUUCACUUUUCUGGGAAAACAUUCAUGACUUCUCAAGGUACCCUUAGACCAUAUGUGCAUUCAGGAGACUCUUGUCUUUGCCAGCACUCCUCAGGUGAGCCAGGAUGGCCAUCUGAAAUGUCUGGAAAAUAGAGUCCCUUCUCCAAACAAACAUCUGUCAUGACCACUAAUCUCUAGACUUGCCUUACAGAUCUUUCCAUAUCAUCCCAAAGUGCCCCUUCUGCCUCAGUCCUGUUUCUCUGGGCAAUAGCUCUAGGGAAAAGUAGGUAUUAGAUUGCUGUGCAAAAUUCAGAGCAAUUACUUAAAAUGCCCUAGAGUGUUCUUAGCCAGUCUGUGAAACUGGGUCUCCCUUUGUGGUGGGGCUGUUUGGCUUAGGAGAUGCUGUAGUAGUAGAGAUAAUCAGGUUCUAUUUUAAGCAAUCAGCAGAGAUCAAUAUUGUACAGAUACAAGCAAAGGUUUAAUAAAUAUAUAUACAUACAUAUAUAUGUGUGUGUAUAUAUAUAUUUCUGUAGUUGUGCCAGGGACAGACUGGCCAAAGACCAAACACUCCAGGUUCCCCAAGAAAUUUAUCCUUAUAUCAUUGUGUCUGAGGGCCAGAUAUGAUUAUGAAGCUUUUUCCAAAGAUCUGGGGAUGGGAAUGGGAGGGGGUAGGAGGGAUAAUGCAGUCAUUGGAGUCGGGGGCCGGAACAUUGUGAGUGCUUAAUAAAUAUAAAAUGAUGAGAA